AUGCUGGACUUCAACCGAUUACAGGGGCAUAUUUGGAAGAAAAUUGAAGGAAGCGGCAAGGACGGCGCACCCGGGGAGCCGGGUCAGCGUGGCGCUCAAGGAAUGGCUGGCAACAUGCCAAAAUGUGCGAUAAAUGUAGAGGAAGACUGUAGCCAGGCGGACGUGGUCAGGACGCAACGAGCGGAGGACGCGGUCGUCCUGGUCCAAAAGGCGAUCGUGGCACACCCGGAUCUCCAGGUUCACCAGGCUUCGCCGGACCCGACGGCAAGCCGGGGCAGGAUGGCGAGAUGGGCGAGCACGGGCCGGCGGGUCCUCCCGGUGACAUGGGACAUCCCGGCCCUGACGGUAGACCUGGCGUCUCGGGUGGCUCCGGUGAUGAUGGUUCAUACUGUAAAUGUCCGCCACAAAAGGCCACGCGACAAUAGCCCAAUAAAUUGUCUGCCGAUUGUAAUC